AUGAAAAAAACCGUAACAACGUGCACUGGCAGGCGAGCUGCGAACUUCGCGAAACAACAGGCAGGAAAGGAAAACAGCGGCAGCAACCCAUCUUCCGGGGCCGGAAAUGCUCCCUCAAAGACGACACCGGUGCUAGCAGUUGCCUCUUUAAUGGGUGUACAGCCAUUGUCGUGCACAGCACCAGCAGCAAUCAUGUACAGUCCGGAUUCUGCGCUCACAGCCGGUGCUGAGGAGUAUGCUGAAGAGGAUUACUGGUAA